UAAAAUAAUAUACGUAUUCCGCAAUAACUGUAGCCCUUAAUUUUUAAGCAUAACUUAAGAUAGUUGAAAUAUGGCUGCAGAAGCACUUGAUGAAAAUAUUGAGUUCCAUACCAAGGCUAGAUGGGCGAUCCCCCAGCGCCUGGACGCAAUGGCAUUCAUCGGGCCGGAUGUGCUGGCCGUGGCCCACGACCUCUACAUCCUAUUCCUGGACUUCAAGCAUCACACGGAAACGGUGUACGUCACCAACAACAAGACUGUCGGCGAUGGGGUGGACGUCAUAGCAGGGCACCGAUCCACAAUGUUUGCGUUUGCAGAGAAGGUUCGGAAUCCAAGAAUCUUUAUAUUGAGUUUUCCUAGCAUGACAAUUAUGGCCGAAUUGGAAGAUCUGGAUGUGAAUCGCUACAAGGGCCUGUGCAUGAUGGAAGGUGACCUAGUGUGCGGGUUUAGCGGGUUCCCCAACUACUUGGUGACCGUGUGGAGCUGGCGCACGGCGCAACGGCUGCUGUGUCUCGAGACUGGUGUUACCAGGCGCAACCAGCUAUACGUAGCGAGCCGCAUGGGCCUGAUGGUAUGCGAGUGUUGGGGCGCCGGCCUAAUCGUCUGGGAGGUCGCCCAAUGCUACAAGCUCAACCUGAUGAUGAAACGGCCCAAGCAGGAGGUUACCGGCUGGGAGGUCUCGGAGCCGCCGCUCGUUGGCAUAUGCUGGUCCAACGACGGCCAGCUGUAUGCUAUAGAUGAAAAUGCCCGACUGUAUAGUGUUCUAUCCGAUGGUAUAAAUAUGGUGACUAAUCUUGAAUGGUCGGAAGAUGACAUCGAAGUAAUUCACAAACCGUACAUUUGUUCUUUUGAACACGGACUUCUAAUCUAUGGUCCUGAUAACUUGGUUAGGUCUCUAAAGAAGUCUGAGUUGCAAUGGAAAGUGGUGUGGACGUACGAGCCGGCAGACACGGUGCUGCGCCUGGUGUCCAAUGCGGUGGGCACUGCCGCCUGCUUGUGGACACAAACUGGCAUGGUGUACAAGUUGACGGGCGAGUCGGAGGACAAGAUUGACGUAGAACUGGUCACUUUUAAACAGAGGGGUAUCCAGAAAAUUCAAUUGAUAGCCCCAGACUUUAAGUACUUAGCUACAAUGAACCAUGUUGGAGUUCUUUGUAUCUAUGAGGUCUAUUCGACUAAACUGAUGGUAAUGAAAUACGUAGAAGGCAACGACAUGUCUUUCCAAGCGAGCCCGGUGGAGCCUCUGGUUAUAAUCUUCGGUGAAGUGGGCCCCAACUACGGCAUGGUACUGAUGACGUACAAUCCCGAUAAAGGGUUCACCAAAGUGGGCGGCAUGUGCCUCACGCAUCAGAUCGUGUCGCAGGUCCAGUUCUCGCCGACCGGGAGGGAGGUGGUGGCCGUGGCUAUGUCCGCGGGGCACGUAUUCAUAUUGGCGCUCUCAGAAGAUUACAAGCUGACCCUUAUAAGAUACAUGGAGGUCGGCCGAGGAAUAGCCGAUUGCUUUCUGAUGCCGGUCAACAACGUGAUUCGCUGCUUCAUCUUGGUCCUCUUCUCAGAUAAAUUCUUGAUUGGGGAGCGCAUAGUGGUGGUGAACACGGAGACAGGAAAAGACAACAAGUUUGCGGGCAAGAUGCAGGGCCCGUACGCGCGGUUGCUGCCACUCGGUACCAAAGACACUAUGCUGGGUAUCCCGCACCUUUCCCGGCAGUACCACGUGCUGAAACUCGCAGCGGAUAAAGGUGUAACAAUAUCAGUCAAGAUGGGUCCUAUUAUCGACACUGGGCACGAGGUGAAAUAUUUCGACGGAUUUUUCACACCAAACGCAUUGCUCACCUUCGGCUACGAUGGGGCGAUCGUCUUGAGGCAGCCCGACGGACGACCUGAAUACGAUUUACAUUUAGCCGUAUCCCACCGGUACGAAAACGGCAUUAAGCAGGCGGUCAUCGACUCGGAGACCAAGUACAUCGUACACCUGGCGGCCAGCCACACCAUGGUGGUACACUGCCUCAGGGGUGAAAGUCCAGAGGCGAUGCAGGAGCCCAAGCUGGAGGUGCCGGACCAGAAGCUUUUCGACAAAGCUUCGAAUAGUCUGACGAUCAUUGCUUUGGGCGAGAAGAACUACCUAGACCGGCAAGAGGACAAGAAGGUCCACGAGGAGGCGAUGGACUACAAGAAGCAGCGCGACGAGGUGGUGACGGCGUUCAACGCGCAACGCGCGCAGCUGAUCGAGCUGCUGGAGGAGAACAUCGCCGAGAUACCGUUGCAUCAGCUCUCGUUGGCUGAGUUUAAUCUCCAUGCUGAGCACAAGAAGGAAAGACUCAAACAGGCGGAACAAGAGCGUUUGAUGAUUCGCAUCCAUACAGAAGCGCGAAUCGCGGCUCAAGACAAGGUGACGUUGUGGAUCAAGAAAUAUUGCUGGGACACCAUGAUGACUCCACGGGCUAAGAUCCUGGCCAUUUUCAGCCAUUACCAGGUGGAAAACUACGCCGUGCUGCCGACGCAGCGGGACAACUGGCCGGAGCUGCAGCAGGUGGCGGCGCUGCGGGCGCUCGAGAUGGAAAACGACGAGGACCUGUUCAAGCCCUGGGAGGAGCACAAACCCGAGCCAUCCGCGAUCGAACUCCUCCCGACCGUGGCGUCAGGAAUCAGGGAAAAAUCUACGUUAUCCGUGCGAAGUGCGCGAGCGUUGUCGGGAGGUACCGACAGUCAGUUCCUCGAGGACAUGGAGGCGGAGGAGCAGGCCGUGGACCAGUACUGCAUGUCGGGCACCGCCGCCCACAAGUUCGUCACCGUGCCCGGCUACAUGAUCCCGCAAACCAGGGCGUACAGCUUCCUGCAGAUGAACUGGCUGCAGCAGAUCGUCAAGCUGAACGUGCAGAACAUGCGGCUGUGGUUCAACAAGCAGUUCGACGAGCUGAUGGCGUCCAAGAAGAGGGAGGUCGGGCUCGUCUGCGAGCGCAACGCCAGGCUCCGCUUCAUCAUUGACGAGCUGAACAAGCUGUCAGACCUUCGCGGCAGUUUCCACCACCUCGUGGUCCAGAUCAAGGACCCGCAGUGGGCGCAGGACGAACAACCUGAGCGGCUCAUCAAAGUCGAUCCUGAGGAGUGUUCGAUAGCGCCAUACAUCAGCCCGAGCCAGAUCGUAAUCCCGCCGCCCGAGGGCGGGCCGAAGGACGACUUCCGCGAGCGCGCGCUCGUUGAGAUGAUGGACGGCGUACUGGAGAAGCUGUGGCACGAGGAGAUCAAGAAGCCGAUCCCGAUGCCGCAGUGUAUGUUGGACAAAGAUCCAGAACAUUUCAACGAAGACGACUUACGCGUUGUGUUUGAAUACGAAGCCAAGGUGGCGUUCCGCAACGAGGAGCGAGACAAGUACCGCAAGAUGCUGCACGCCGAGUACGCCAAGCUCAGCCAAGUGCUCAACGAGGGCGUCGUCAAGUUCAACGCCAAGGUGAAAGAUACAUGGUUGCUGAAGCUCAAAGUAGACUCGGUUAUCGGACAAGAGAACCUCAACUUGAUGCGACUCCGUCGAGCCAACCUGGACCGCGUGGAAAUGGCCGAGAAAAUAGAGCACUUUAGAGCGGAGAUAGCGAAGUACUCGGCUGAAGAAGAGUGGUUGAUGGAGCAGCUCCAGCAGAUCCAGGAGCAGGGCACGGAGGUGCAGGCGGCCUACGACGCGCUGGCGCAGAAGGACAAGUACCUCGAGCGCACCUUCAAGAACCACUUCGCGGACCUCUCGCCCAUCAUUGUCGAUCAGUGUUACAAGUUCUUCAAAAAACGGCCGAAAUGGCACAUGCGAGCAACCAUGACGCCGGUGGUGCUGUAUGGGCUGGCGAGUGCCGUGCUCACCGGCGUGCGGCCCCAGCGGCUGCAUCCCGACUGCGUCGACUUUUUCAAAGGGGUUGAAGUGCUGGAUCAGAUAAGCAACAUGCCGCCAGUGAUGGACGAAGGGCUGUGGGCAACCAUGGUCAAGCUGCGGCGGGUCAAAAUUGAAAAUGAGAUACGGAUGCGAGCUGUAGGUCUGGAAAUGGCAUAUGUAGAAAAUUCCAACGCCAUAUGGACCAAGUCGAUCCUCGCUCGCAAGAACUUCCUGAUCAAAACCCAAGAUCUCAUCACCGAGCAACGCGAGCAAGCUGAGCAUAUCGCUAGGAAUAGGGUUGUACAGUUCGUGCUGCCGGCGGGGCAGGUGGAGAUCCCCACGACGGGCCACAUGGAGGACUACCACGACGCCACGCUCAUCCCGCGCGAGGACAUCGAGAAAAUCAAUGAAGUUAUUCUGAGAGUGGGCGAGUUGAAGCUACGCAUGAUGCGCAAACAGAUGGAGUUUAGGAAGGGAAUACUCGCCAAGGAGUGGGAACACGCGCAGAUGAAGAUGAAGCUGCGACACAUGGAGCAGGAGCUGGCCUCCUACCGCAGGCUCAAGAUUCCGAAAGAGCUCCAGCUGUACCUGAAGAACAAGGAGCGGGGCUACACGGACGAUCAGGACUACGUGCGGCUCGAGAAGGAGAUGGAGGCGGAGAAGCAGGCCGUCAACAGGGUACUCGAGAUGCAGAUACAACGGGUCGAGGAACUGCAGGUUAAAAUCAACGCGAUCGAAGCGAAGUCCAACAAACUAGUUACCAUGAUCACCACACUGAACGCACAAGUGUCGGAGAAACGGCUCAACGAGGACCCUUUAGAGCCCAUCCGCACGCGUCGCAUACUCAAGAAAAGAAUGGAAAUGCUGAUACAGCGCAGUCAACUGAUACGCGAGGUGCAGCAGUACCACUCCAACAUCGUGCUGUUGCAGACCGAGCUGGAGUUGCUCCGGCUCAAGACCUACCCCACGCUGGCCAGCUUCCGCACCAUCGACUAAUGACACGAGGAUGC